AUGCUCAUCAUGAUGGUUGGAUGGCUCAAUGUUCCAACACCACCUCAAGAGAUUGAGGUUUUGGAGCUGUUUGCUGGAACUGGGCGGCUGUGUCGUCUUGCAAAGGCUUGUGCAAUCCCUUCACAAGCCCAUGACCUGCUCUAUGAUAAACAUGAAAGAUCUUCAAUGGUAGUUGCCCCAGCUGCCAUGCCUGCCCCACCUUUGCCAAAAGGUGAUGAUGAAUUCUUGGAGGUGAGUUCGGGGGACCAAAGGGCUCUGGCAAAGGCAAGUCCAGACGAUGCUGUGGUACCCACCCGUCCACCACCCCCAAAGCUGACAAGGGGGGCUAUCAAGAAAUGGCUUUGGCGUUUGGUCCAGCCAAAAGCCAGUGGCAAGUUCAAGGUUCCAAAGGAAGUUGUGGAUGAGUACCGUGAUGAACGAACACGUGGUCGGGUAGAGGCACUGUUCGAGAAAAGCGGAUACCAACGGGAGGUUUUCAUUCAGAAGGUACGACGGAUCUAUGAGUCUGUGAAUGAAACCAGCCUAGAGAGCAACUAUGAGUUCUUGUCUGAAGAUGACAUGAAGGAGCUUGGUUGGUCCGAGAGAACGCGUCGCGACAUUGUUCAGGAGCUGGUGGAAGAGGAGCUGGGAGACGGUCCCACAAUGAAAAAACUGGAUGGAAAAAUCCGGAAGGUGGACCCUGAAUUUGCGAUGUUUGAUGACGAUGAGAUGAUGGAAGGUCAGCCCGAUGAAGAGGUGAGUGAAUCCUCAGAUGGCCUCGAGGAAGCUGCUGCGGAGACACAGCAAGAAGUUCUUAAGCAGGUCAAGUUUCCAGAGGUGGAGAAGGAUAAGCUCUUGGAGAAGGUUUGUGAACUCACCAAGAACCUCUCCACUGCCGAUGAGCAAAUGGGUCAGAUCUACACGGCUGGUGUUGUCAAUGGAUUCACCAAAGAGUUCCAUGGCUUCAUUUGCUUGUCAAACCCAGAUUCCUUCUUAGCUUUGUUUGUGAAAGAUUUCCGGCUAAGGAGUGCUCUGAAGAGUCUUGGUAAAACCUCGGCCAAGUCGGCUGAGAAUCGUAGUGCUGCGAAGGGGAAGGCGAAAGUGAAACGGCUGGGCCUCUUGAGGAACAGCUUGCAGAAUCAUUUGGCGAUGGAGUUGGGAACCAAGCGUGUCACUGGAGUGGACACCAAGCUGGCCCUUACUGCUGUAUCUGCCAAGCCUGGGUGUGAACGUGAUAGAGACAAAAGGAAAGCCAAUGCUGAACGCUACAAGGCCUUGGCCCGGCGUACCAUGACAUUGCAGAUUGGUGGUUACCGCUUGAAACCCAAAUUUCAUGGGCUACACCACGUUGCACAGUUUGUGAAGGAUGCUCUUCAAAGAGGAGUGCCUGCCACCGCCCUCUCCGAGCGAGAGCUGGAAGCGAUGAUCGAUGGUUCAUUUGUGAUGAACCAUCCACUUUGGCCUGACCACCAUGGCAAGCGCGUUUGGGGUGGUGCUGCGGGCGUGUCCGCGGACGCCGAGUAUGCCAAGCUCUUCGAAGAAGCUGCUGGUGCACCAUCCCUGAAGGACCCCCCGCGCCGCGAGCUGCGCGAAGUCCGCGCCGAGCUCCUCGCCCACGCCGCGGGCAGCAGAUCGGAGGCCCUCGAGCGCCCCAGCCUCGGCCGACGCGUCGCCGGCGCCGGCGGCGCCGCGGUGGCGGGAGCCGCUGGGAGUGCGGCGCGGCCGGGGGUGUGGAGAUAUCAUGAGAAGACCAGUGAGAACACGGUGACCGUGCCGCCGCCGCCCCAACUGGGCUUCAUGGAGCGCAUCGAACAAUAUGAACGGCAGAAGCAGCAGGAGAAAGAGCUCCAACAGCAGCGUUGGGAGCAGCAACUUCUUCGCCAACGCCAACUCUAUGAAGGAGCCUUUGGCGCACCCUCCCAUCACCAUGGAGACGCCCUACGCGUGGAACCCGGAGGGCCCGAUCACUUGGACGAACACCUGGCAGCCACGCGCCUGGGCCAGGAGCAACGCACGCUGGGCGAACGCCUCUUCGACGGGGCGGCUGGGUGCCCCAGUGCUUGGCGCGAGCCGCACGAAGGGCGUGGCUUGCGUGCUGCGCCGGGGGCCGCGCAGAUCUCGCAGAUGGGACCGGCCGAGCUACGAGAAGUGCGGCUGAAGGACUUUCAGGGCGCGGCUGGCUGUUUGAGCGGCCCAUUGUCCGGGCUUCCUCCAAAGGAGCUCCAGCCGGUGCUCUUCAACUCGCCACGGCAAGAGGAGCAGCGUGGCAGCUACCUGCAGAGAAGCCCGCGAGAUCGCGCCAUCAUCGACUCGAUCAUUGCAGGCUUGGAGGUCACCAUCAAGCCGUGAGCAUCCAGUUUUUGCUCGUGUUUUGCCGGGAGUAUGGUUUGAAGGUUGAACCUUCGAGCGAUUCGAGCUCCUAGAAAAGAUGGCUGCAGAAGGAGCUCAAACCGUGAGCUCGUGUUUUCUUUUUUGGAUUUGUGUUUUUCCUGCAAAGAGAGGGUCAAGAUGGAUCAUUGUCAUAUCUUGGCUUUGGGAGUCACUCACAGUUCGCG